GCCGUUGAAACAAAAACAUUGACGAUCAAAGCAUAGCCAACAGUCACUUGAUUCAUCGCAUCUUGCACGACGGAGUUCGCCACAAUUGUUGUUCUGGAGAGUUUCGGUACCUUGCGAGAUGGGCGUCUGAGGCAGUAUGAUUGAAAAGGGCAUCAAGAUCUUGUCUAAAUGAAACGCAUGCAAAAACCCCUCGAACCUGGACAUUGUCUUUGCAAAUCGUAAGGCGAUAAUCAUUCCUGGCUGACAGAGGCGUGGUUCACUGAUGAUGUAUCCCAAGGUUGUAAAUCCUAUCACGCUAAGUACCUCAUGGUGCGAGGUUAGGGCUAGAUCGGCCUUGGAAUUGUCGUACCACUUUGCAAGCAUGUUUCCCGUCGUCCUCAUCCUCUUCAUCGUCGCAUUCAGCUUGUGGGCAGAUUUUCGCAAUGGGGUUCACUCAAGAGUCAAGAUACCUUCCAGCAUAAGCAUCUUCAUACCGUGGUUCGAUAACGCCAUACAGUUCGGCCUGGAUCCUCUUGGCUUCUUGAGAAAACGGCAGACAAAGCAUGGUUCUGUCUUUGCAAUUCGCCUUGCUGGGAAGAGAGUCAUCGUUGCAGGAAACCUCAAUGGAAUUCUGCGUGUCAUGCGCGAUACUCAAAAGACGCUUCACCUGCCGAAUCAUCAGAUGCUUGCAUCACUGGGGGACGUGAAGGGGACCAUACCAAUGACGCUUCUCGACCGCCUCACUACAUAUGUCGCGAGAACAUUUUCCAACAAAGGAAUUCCACAGUUUUCUCAUACAUUCAAUCAACAUCUCUUCCGUCAUAUCCGAAGUUUGGCUGAAAACUCACCAAACGACCGGGUACCUCUACAGCGCUUUGUCGGACAAGCACUGUACGACGCGGUGUCCGUUUCAGUCUGGGGACCACACUUCCCGUUGGACACUUAUGAGGAGUUCUAUACCAUAGAUGCGAAGAUGUCUCGCCUAUUGGGCCCUGCAUUCUUGGUCCCUCGGGCGGUUAGCCAAGCUCGCAACCUCAUGAAAAACAAAUUGGGGACUUAUAUGCAGGAAUGCUGGGACGAAGAAUUAGGCGUGAAAGGAGCGCCAGCAAACGUCACCGAGAUGAUUCGCUUAUUGAAAGAGUGCAGUCCGACCGUGCCGCCCGAGGAUGCGCAAGGGGCACUCUUGGUCUUCCUCUUUGGAUUGCAUGCCAAUACGCACCGCAUCGUGGCAUGGCUAUUCCUCCACCUCCUCAGCGAUUCCAGAACGUAUCUGCGACUCCGUCGAGAGAUAGACCAUGCCAUUGACGUUGAGUUUGGCGACUUGGAUACCCUGCUAUUAGUCCCGCCACAGCGACUGGGUGUGUCAUCACUGCCGUUGCUGGAGUCAGCCAUUAUGGAGACGUUGCGGUUGUGGUAUGCUGCAGUGACGGUACGUGAGGUGAACGAAGACACGGAGAUUCCAUCGGAAGAUAUGAAGACCUUCAUGGUAGCGCGGCCGGGAGACUUGGUAAUGGGAAAUAGUAGUGCAAUUAAUAUGUCAGACGACUUCUUCGAAGAGCCUGAGACGUUCCAGAUUGACAGAUUUGUCGGCUGCACCGCUGAGAAGGAGGACGAAGGGAAGUCGAGAACUUUGCCGCUGGGGAGUUUCGGAGGAGGUACACAUGUGUGCAAAGGCCGAGACUUUGCAUUGUACGAGAUGAAGGUCUUCGCCAUCCUUUGCUUGAGAGUCUUGGAUAUGAAGGCCGAGACUUCAUCCGGCAGGUCUAUUGACGAUCUCCCUUUGAAGGCCGAUACAACGCGAACUAUUCCCAGUUUCGUGAUGUAUCCAAGCGAGGAAGUGUUCGUCCGGAUUCGAAAGCGCGCAUAAUAGACUGGAAGAGCAACCUAUGUAUUUUAUAUCAUUGCUUACUAUCCCUGUAAUCCUCUAUGUUGCAACUGUUCACAUCGCGUCUUUACGCUUGAACAAGUAGUGCCCGACACCCCAUCUAUGGUAAUAUGACAUUAAUGGCGAUAUAUCAUAAAGAAAUAUCCACUUACUCUUCGCCUCCGUUCAACCCGAAGAACUCGGCACAAGCCAAAUAGAACACCCGAAACCUAUACCGGGGCUUGACUCGACA